UUUAUUCCAAAGCCCAGCUCCAAUCCACAACAAUAGAGCUAACAAAAACAUCCAAAAAAUAAUCGAAGGAGCGAAGGGAUAGUCAUAGAUGGCUAGUUGCUGAAUUGCUGUUUGAGCUCUGCGUUAUUGUUGGGAGGGCAAGACAAUGCUAACUCAGAUUCAAAAGCAUCUUCUUCUUCCCCAAUUUCUUCACAGUACUAAUGCUUGCUUCUGCAAUUGACAAGAUUAUGAUGAAUGAAAUAGCUCUCUCCUCUGGAUUUUUAUUUCCAAGUGUCAAAAUUUCAUUCUUCCAAAGGACAGCAAGGCUUACUAGCCUCAAACCAAAGGUAACAAGUGCUCUUUGUGUCAAAUGCUCUCAAAAACAACUAAAACUGAAUUCCAGAGCUGAUGAGAAUAGGAAGGUUGUAAAGAAAUCAGGAAAGAAGGAGCACCACUUAUGGCAGAAAAGAGAUUCAGCUGGAUCUGGGCGAAAGGCAUUGAAUCUUGUUAGAAUUGUUUCUGAACUUCCUAACGAGAAAGAGGCUGUGUAUGGAGCAUUAGAUAAAUGGACAGCCUGGGAGACAGAGUUUCCAUUGAUUGCAGCUGCGAAAGCUUUAAAAAUAUUGCGGCAGAGGAGGCAAUGGACGCGUGUAAUUCAAGUGGCAAAGUGGAUGUUGAGCAAAGGUCAAGGAGCAACAUUGGGAACAUAUGACACCCUUCUACUGGCAUUCGAUAAGGAUGACAGGGCAGAUGAGGCUAAAUCAUUAUGGAACAUGAUUAUAUAUGCACAUAAUCGCUCUAUGUCGAAGCGCUUAUUUUCAAGGAUGAUUUCUCUGUAUGAUCAUCAUAACAUGCAAGAUGAGAUAAUAGAGGUGUUCGCUGACAUGGAGGAGUUGCGUGUAAGACCAGAUGAAGAUACUGUUCGGAGAGUGGCACAUGCCUUCAAGAAAUUAGGCCAAGAAGAGAAGCGGCAAUUGGUUCUUGGAAGGUACCAAUGUAAAUGGAAGUAUAUCCACUUCAAUGGUGAAAGAGUUAGAGUGAAAAGAGAUAGAUGGAAUGAAGAAUGAUUGACAACUUGACCAAUUAAAGUUGACUAAUUGGCACCGGGUGCCAUCUGAUUAAGAUGAUGUGCUGGCAGUAGUGGCAUGCAUGCAAUCUAAUGCUCCCACAUCUGUGUGAAGAGUAGGGUGUUGCAAAUUGGAAACGACUACUGUGCAAGAAGUCCCGAAUGUUGUGGCAAGGAUUUCAUCAACUCAAUCCAUCUUCAUAUGGCGGAAUGCAUACUUACUGUGCAUCUGCGGUCUGUUGGUUUACAGUGAGCUGCAAUUAGCCUCCAAAUGUGAAGUUUUGCGAACCUCUUCACACAUUGUUUCAGAUCAUUGGCGUGGAGAUUGACGCAAAAGUAUAUGGAUUUUCUAAUUCUCAAGUUUCGCCGAUUCCUAGCGAAAGCUUGUUUAUUUGUUGUAAGAUGUGUACGAGGAAGUCAAAUAAUUCCUUAUGUAUAUCGAUGAUAGAGACCAGCACCUCUUUAAAUUAGAAGGUUACAACCGAAGUCGGUUCAGUUUUACUUCUAAUACUAGGUCUGGAGGCAAAGAGAAGAUUUGCAGAUGCCAAAACAGUCUUCAUUCUGUAAUAAAAAAACUGGCGCAUUGUGCUUCUAUUGGCAGUAGAAAUGGUUCAAUAA